AGCUGGGGAGAGCCGCCCUCUCCUGUCUGGGCUGAGCAGAGGCCACAAGCCCGUCCCUACUUGAGACUGGCUUUUACCUCCUCUGUCAGACAGCGUGUGCAGGCAGCCCUUCUAGCCAAAACCGAAAUGUCAUCUUAAUCAGAAGACUGUGUCGUCUCUGUGUUUUGAAGAUGGGAAAUUCCUACGCUGGACAGCUGAAAACCACACGGUUUGAGGAGGUCCUUCACAACUCCAUUGAGGCUUCCCUGCGUUCCAACACCCUGGUACCCAGGCCCAUCUUCUCCCAGCUGUACUUGGAGGCCGAGCAGCAGCUGUCCUCUUUAGAAGGUAGCAGCCGAGUGGACAACGAAGAAGAAGAGGAAGAGGGGGAUGGAGGGUUGGAACCCAGCAGUCUUUCAAAUGCCUACCAGCUGCCUCCUCCUCCGGAAGGCUGCUGCACCACGGAUGGCUUCUGCCAGGCUGGAAAGGACCUGCGCCUCGUCUCCAUUUCCAAUGAGCCCAUCGAGGUCCCUGCAGGCUUCCUUCUCGUGGGGGCCAAGUCCCCCAGCCUGCCUGACCACCUCUUGGUGUGUGCAGUAGACAAGAGGUUCUUGCCAGAUGAUAAUGGCCACAACGCCCUGCUCGGUUUCUCUGGGAACUGUGUUGGCUGUGGGAAGAAAGGUUUCUGCUACUUCACUGAAUUCUCUAACCACAUCAACCUGAAGCUGACCACACAGCCCAAGAAACAGAAGCACCUCAAAUACUACCUGAUCCGAAAUGCUCAAGGGGCCCUGACCAAAGGACCUUUGAUUUGUUGGAAAGGCUCGGAGUUCAGAAGCCGGCAGAACUCCGCCAACACCUGCUCCAGUUCUCUCUUUCCACUGCUGGAGGGCUCAGGGUCUCUAGCUGCCUUCCCCAGUGACCCUGUUCCUGGGACGAACUCCAUUGUCCCUGUGAGAGCACAGCAGGCAGGACCAGCCUCUGAUCACCCCUCACUGACCACAGUAACAGGGCCAGCUGUCUUCAAUGGCAAGGAUUCCCCCAAGCACCCACAGCUGGUGAAGAAUAACCUGUCGGCCCUGCCACGGCCCUCAGCCUUAGGUAUCUUGCCAAACUCUGGGCCUCCCAAAAAACGGCACAAAGGGUGGUCUCCAGAGUCUCCAUCAGCUGCAGAUGGUGGCUUCCCUCAGGGUGGUGGCAACAGAGCUAAGCAUGAAGGUUCAGGCAUGUCCUGCAUACCCCAGGCUGGCUUGGUGGGAUCAACUUCAGUUACCAUCCCUGUGGUAGCCUCCGGUGAACCAGUGUCUGUUCCGGACAACUUGCUGAAAAUAUGCAAGGCCAAGCCGGUGAUAUUCAAAGGACAUGGCAACUUCCCUUACCUCUGCGGAAACCUGAACGAUGUGGUCGUCAGCCCCUUGCUGUACACAUGCUACCAGAACUCCCAGUCGCUUUCCAGGGCAUAUGAGCAGCAUGGCGCCUCCACUGUGCAGCCCAUCUCCCAGGAGAUGCAGCUGCUGCUGACCGUCUACUACCUCGUCCAGCUGGCUGCAGAUCAGGUGCCACUGAUGGAGGACCUGGAGCAGAUCUUGCUUCGCUCCUGGCGCGAGUCACACCUGACUGAGAUCAGGCAGUACCAGCAGGCACCUCCGCAACCCUUCCCACCUGCCCCCAGCACUGCAGCACCUGUGACCUCUGCACAGCUGCCCUGGCUGGCUGGCCUAGCUGCAAGCUCUUGCAAUGACAGUGUGCAUGUCAUUGAGUGUGCCUACUCUCUGGCUGAGGGCCUCUCUGAGAUGUUCCGGCUGCUCAUCGAGGGUAAGCUCGCCAAAACCAACUAUGUGGUCAUCAUCUGUGCCUGCCGGAAUGCUGCCAUUGACUCCUGCAUUGCUGUCACCGGGAAAUACCAAGCCCGUAUUCUCUCCGAGAGCCUCCUUAGCCCCAUGGAAUACCAGAGAGAAGUUCAUUAUGAGCUGGUCACUGGCAAAGUGGAUUCCCUGGGGGCCUUUUUUAGCAGCCUCUGUCCAGAGGGUGACAUUGACAUUUUGCUGGACAAAUUUCACCAGGAAAAUCAAGGCCACGUUUCUUCCUCACUCACUGCUUCCUCUAUCAAGAAAACAGCCAUGCUGGAUGCCGGUGGGGUCCCUGUGUGCGCAAGUUACCAUCUGGAGCCGCGGGGCGUCCGGCCCUUCCAGCUGGCAGUGGCACAGAAGCUCCUCUCCCACGUGUGCUCAAUCGCAGAUUCCAGCACCCAAAAUCUGGACUUGGGAUCCUUUGAGAAGGUGGACUUUCUAAUUUGCAUACCACCGUCAGAAGUGACCUACCAGCAGACUGUGUUCCAUGUCUGGCAUUCAGGGGUUCUGCUGGAACUGGGCCUGGAGAAAGAACCUGUGACCAAGCAGAGGGUGGAGCAGCAUGUUCUGAAGCUAGACGUGGAGGCCCAGGCAAGAUUUAAGGCCUUUCUGCAAAACUCCUUCCAGAACCCUCAUACGCUUUUUAUCCUCAUCCAUGACCACGCCCACUGGGAUCUAGUGAGCAGUGCUGUUCAUAACAUCUACUCUCAAAGUGACCCAUCUGUGGGAUUGGUGGACAGACUGCUCAACUGCAGGGAAGUGAAGGAGGCGCCCAACAUUGUGACCCUUCAUGUGACCUCGUUCCCGUAUGCACUGCAGACACAGCACACCCUCAUCAGCCCCUACAACGAGAUCCACUGGCCCAUCUCCUACAGUAAUGGAGUGGACUUGUAUCAUGAAAAUAAGAAGUACUUUGGGCUGGCCGAAUUUAUUGACUCCACCUUGUCAGGACACAGCCUCCCCUUGCUCAGAUAUGAUAGCUCCUUUGAGGCCAUGGUCACUGCAUUAGGAAAAAGGUUCCCCCGCCUGCACAGCGCGGUGAUCAGGACCUUUGUUCUUGUACAGCACUAUGCCGCUGCCAUGAUGGCUGUGAGCGGCCUCCCGCAGAUGAAGAACCACACAUCGGUGGAAACACUGGAGAUCACACAGAAUCUACUCAACUCCCCAAAGCAGUGCCCCUGCGGCCAUGGGCUCAUGGUUCUGCUGCGGGUGCCUUGUUCGCCCCUGGCAGCGGUAGCUUAUGAGAGGCUGGCACAUGUGCGGGCGCGAUUGGCCCUGGAGGAGCACUUUGAGAUCAUUCUGGGCAACCCCAGCUCAGGCAUCACUGUGGGCAAGCACUUUGUGAAGCAGCUCAAGAUGUGGCAGAAAAUUGAGGAUGCAGAGUGGAGGCCUCAGACUUACUUGGAGUUGGAGGGCCUGCCCUGCAUCCUAAUCUUCAGUGGGAUGGACCCUCAUGGGGAGUCCUUGCCACGGUCUCUGAGGUACUGUGACCUUCGACUGAUAAACUCUUCCUGCCUGGUAAGGACAGCCCUGGAGCAGGAGCUAGGCCUGGCUGCCUAUUUUGUGAGCGAUGAUAUCCCCUUGGAGAAGGGAACCAAGAAUGAGGCUUUGGAGAGUGAUGGGGAGAAGCUGAGCAGCACAGACGAGGACGAGGAGGCUGGGACAGAAGGGUGUUUUGAGGCUGGCUCUACCUCAGAGAAGAGGAGUCCUGUGAAGAGGGAGCGCUCCCGCUCCCAUGACUCAGCAUCUUCCUCCCGUUCCUCCAAAGCAUCUGGUUCAGUGCUCUAUGGUGAAUCCCUGGUUCAGCCCUUGGGACCCCCACAGGGAGAGCUGGCCAGGUCACCUCCACCCUGUGGUCCUUCAGAGGAAGGCAGGACUCCUGGGGAGAUGCAACGGCUCCGAGUGAGUCAGGGGUCAACAGUCAUCAGCAGGAAUAGCCCUGGGCUGGCCCCUCAGCCUGACUGCAGCCUUAGAACCAACCGGAGGAGCCUGCAGGUGCCAGCCACCCCAUCCUCCCAGCUGUCCUCCUCGGGCUCAUCCUCCACAUGUGCAGUGCCCACUGCCAACAUGCUAGUCCUACAGGCCUCACAGUGCUCCAUGGCAAAGGCCUGCCGGCAGCCACCUGUUGUCUUCCUGCCCAAGCUUGUGUAUGACAUGCUCCUGUCCACCGACAGCAGUGGCCUACCCAAGGCUGCCUCCCUCCUGCCAUCCCCUUCGGUUAUGUGGACCAGCUCCUUCCGCCCCCUGCUCAGCAAAACGAUGACAUCAACUGAGCAGUCCCUCUACUACCGGCAGUGGACAGUGCCUCGGUCCAGCCACAUGGAUUAUGGCAACCGAGCUGAGGGCCGUGUGGACAGUUUCCACCCCCGCAGGCUGCUGCUCAGUGGGCCGCCUCAGAUUGGGAAGACAGGUGCCUACCUGCAGUUCCUCAGCAUUUUGUCCAGGAUGUUGAUUCGGCUGACAGAAGUGGAUGUUUAUGAUGAAGAGGAGAUCAAUAUCAGCCUCCAAGAAGAAUCAGAUUGGCAUUACCUCCAGCUCACUGAUCCCUGGCCAGACCUGGAGCUCUUCCAGAAGAUGCCUUUUGACUACAUCAUUCAUGACCCGAAGUAUGAGGAUGCCAGUCUGAUUUGUUCCCAUCAUCAGAGCAUCAAGAGUGAAGAUAGAGGGAUGUCCCGGAAGCCUGAAGACCUGUACAUGCGGCGUCAGACUGCACGUAUGAGAUUGUCCAAGUUCGCGGCGUACAACACGUACCACCACUGUGAGCAGUGCCACCAGUACAUGGGCUUCCACCCCCACUACCAGCUCUAUGAGUCCACCCUGCACGCCUUUGCCUUCUCUUACUCCAUGCUAGGAGAGGAGAUCCAACUCCAUUUCAUCAUCCCCAAGUCCAAGGAGCACCACUUUGUCUUCAGCCAACCUGGAGGCCAGCUGGAAAGCAUGCGCUUGCCCCUCGUCACAGACAAGAGUUAUGAACACAUCAAAAGCCCAACCUUUACUCCGACAACAGGCCGUCACGAGCAUGGACUCUUUAAUCUGUACCAUGCAAUGGAUGGAGCCAGCCAUCUGCACGUGUUGGUCGUCAAGGAGUACGAAAUGGCCAUUUAUAAGAAAUACUGGCCCAACCACAUCAUGCUGGUGCUCCCAAGCAUCUUCAACAGUGCUGGAGUUGGAGCUGCCCAUUUCCUGAUUAAGGAGCUGUGCUACCACAACCUGGAACUGGAGAGGAGCCGGCAGGAGGAGCUGGGAAUCAAGCCACAGGACAUUUGGCCAUUCAUUGUCAUUUCUGAUGAUUCCUGCGUGAUGUGGAAUGCAGUGGAUGUGGACUGUGCUGGGGAACAGAGCAGAGAGUUCUCCUGGUCAGAGAGGAACAUCUCUCUGAAGCACAUUAUGCAGCACAUCGAGGCGUCCCCCAACAUCACGCAUUAUGCCCUGAUCGGCAUGCGGAAAUGGGCCAGUAAGACUCAGAGCAGUGAGGUGCGGGAACCUUUCUCUCGCUGCCACGUGCAUGACUUCAUCAUCCUCAAUGUGGACUUGACCCAGAAUGUGCAGUACAACCAGAACAGGUUUACAUGUGAUGACGUAGACUUCAACCUGCGAGUGCACAGUGCCGGCCUCCUGCUUUGCCGGUUCAAUCGCUUCAGCGUGAUGAAGAAGCAGAUUGCUGUAGGUGGGCACAGGUCCUUCCACAUCACAUCGAAGGUGUCUGAUAGCUCCGUGGUCAUUGUGCCAUCCCAGUACAUCUGUGCUCCGGACAGCAAGCACACAUUCCUGGCAGCUCCUGCCCAGCUCCUGCUAGAGAAGUUCCUCCAGUACCACAGCCAUCGCUUCUUUCCGCUGUCCCUGAAGAACCACAGCCACCCUGUGUUGUCUGUGGACUGCUACCUUAACCUAGGACCUCAGAUUUCUGUGUGUUAUGUGAGCUCCAGGCCCCACUCCUUAAACAUCAGCUGCUCCGACAUGGCAUUCAGUGGGCUCCUGCUGUACCUCUGCGAUUCUUUUGUUGGGGCUAGCUUCUUGAAAAAGUUCCAUUUUCUGAAAGGUGCCACCUUGUGUGUGAUUUGUCAGGACCGCAACUCACUCCGCCAGACUGUGGUUCGCCUAGAGCUGGAAGAUGAGUGGCAGUUCCGACUGCGGGAUGAGUUCCAGACAGCCAAUGCCAAAGAAGACCGGCCACUCUUUUUCCUCACUGGACGGCACAUCUGAGAGAGAGAGAGCCUGGUAGAUGUCUUCAGAGGGUGGAGUGGUCAGAGAUCACCUGCUACUGAGGCUAAUGGAGGUCCCGGACCAAGGAGUAGAAGAACUGGAACAGGCCCAGAGACCGUCUGCUGCACAGCCCCAUGAGGCACAUGUGGUCCUGCAGCAGAUAGUGAUUUAGAGUCCCUGAUGGGCAGAACUGAAAACCCAAGACUGCUACAUUCUAGGCCAAACCACAUUGUCCUGAGCUAUCCCAGAGUCCAUUUUAUGAAGAAUGAAGUUUUGCCUAUCUGUCAUUCCUAUGCUUCCAUGGACAAACCUGACUUGUUCUAGAGGAUCUUGGGUUAUCUUGUCAAGGUGCCAGUAUUACAGAUAUGUAGAACUGAUUGCAGAAAGUUUCCCUGUGAUCCCCUACAAAGCAAUCUUCCAAAGGAAUAUCUUAACAGUAAAGGCUGGAGACAAGAAGAAAAAGUGAAUCAUUUAAAUAAGAGUUAUUUAAUUGCCUACAAGUUUUCUCUGUAGAAGAUAGCCCAAAGGCAUCAAAUUUAAUAUGAUAAAACAAAUUGUUUUAUUUUAGAGAAAAUGUGAUUCUAUUAAAAUAGUAUAGGGUAAAUACCCUACCUCUUAGAAAGGGCAAAAUUGAAAAGAAGCUUUCUUUAAAGCUAAAAGGGCUUUAAGAAAGAAAUUAAGGCUAUAGCUGUUGACCUAAAAUUUGCCUUACAAAGGAAAGAGGACCAAAUUGACAGGAUAAAGGACAAGAAAAAUAACCAAAGUGUUAUACAAGCUAGUUAAGAGGCCAGAGAAAUGACUCCACAGCUGUGUGUUUGCUGCACAGUCAUGAGGAUGGGUGUUUGGAUCCCAGCACCUAUGUAACAAGCCAGUUCUGCAAAUGCCUGUUAACUCUAUCUCUGAGGGAUCUGAUGCCCUCUUCUGGCCUCUGUGUAUAUUCAGGCCUGUACACCCAUACACAUACACACAAACAAAAUCUUCUAAAAAAUAGUUAAGACUAGACUUAUGGUUAUAAUUUAUUGAAGCUCACUUUUAGGUGAACUAGUCUGUUAUUCAAGUUUAGAUGCUUAAAGGGAGAAUCUACCCUGUCUAGAGAAAGUAGGACCAGAGAUAAGUACAUGUACGUCACUAAGAUGCUGUUUAAACCAGCAUCCUAGAGCAUCACCUAUAGGCCAGUUGCUUGAUACAUGUAUCCUUGAAUCCUUCAUGUAACCUUGUAUAUUUGGGAUUAUUCUUCCCAUUUGAAAGAUGAACAAAUUAGGAUACAAAGAGCACAAGCCACCAAGGCCAUAGAGUGAGAAAGAACUAGAAGCACAAUUUAAACAGCUAUUUUCUGGACCCAUAGUCCAGGUCUCCAUCCCACACCAAGUGCUUUUUAAGUGACCCACAACUAAAAGAAAAACUAAAGGUUAUUGAAAAAAUGAAUCACAAUGCAAUCUUCUGUGUCCUGCUUAGACAUGGAUAAGCACUGUGCUUGGUAACAAUCCAAGAGGAAACUGUUAUCAAAGUUGAUGCCAAAGAUUUACUGCCAAUCUCCCCCCACCCCCCCAAACACAAAAUACACAAGUAUAAAAUAUUUUCUCAAUGUUUAUAAAAUAAUCACUUUGUGUGUGUCAUUAUUCCUAUUUUGGAAUAAAAGCUGACCUCCUCUCAUUCAGCUUGUCCCUAAAUAGCUCCUGUGCCAUCCUCCCCACUUCAUUAGUUAAUUUAAACUAACACUCAUAUAUGUUUCAGUCUUAUAAAUAAAACUUAGAAUGCA